UCAGUCUGUGCCGGCAGCAAACACCAUGGCAGCCCUCGUACUGAUGCCUUUACUCUUUAUUGGCAUGGACACUGCAGGAGCUGCUGUGAGACCUGUGAUUUCUCUCUCCCCAAACUGGACCCCAAUAUUCAUAGGAGAAUCUGUAACUCUGACCUGUAAUGUGGCUCCUACUGCCCAAGGGAACCUGGAAUAUUCCUGGUACAGUGAUGGACUCUGGAUACCUGGGGAUCAGCAGAGACUUGAAGGAGAGAUUCAUAGUGGGAAUUACCAGUGCCAGGCUGGUGCCAGUGAGAGAAGUGAAUAUAUUAGACUGGAUGUGAGUUCUGAUGUGCUCAUCCUGCAGGCGCCCCCUGAUGUUCAUGAAGGAGACUCCCUGUCUCUCAGGUGUCACAGUCGGACUGGAUAUGAGACAAGGAACACAGUAUUUUACAAGAACAAUAAGAUCAUUGAGUCUCCAGUCAGUGAGUCUGAGUUACACAUAGGAAGAGUGGAUGUUACUGCGUCUGGUACAUACAAGUGUGACAGUAAAAUACUUUAUAAUGGAGACACAACUUAUAGAAAUGAUAAAACAACCAGUCGUUACAUCUCAGUCUCAGAGCUGUUCAGUAUCCCCCAAAUAAGUGUGGAGUCAUACACUUGGACAGAAGGAGAUCACAUGAGCAUAACAUGUGACACAAAGCUCAGCCCACACAGAGAGACUACAGAGCUACAGUUUGUUUUCUACAGAAAUGGGCACAAUGUGCAGGGAUUCAGUUUAUCCAACCAAUAUGGAGUCCCCUCAGCUCAGCUGGAGGAUUCUGGGAAUUAUACCUGUGAGGUACAAACUCCAACUGGCAGUGUGAGGAAGAGGAGUAAUGUAAUGAUUGUUGAGAUACAGGAACUGUUCUCUCUGCCCCAACUUAAACAGUUCCCGGAUCCAGUGACACAAGGAGAAAACAUGACCAUAACAUGUGACACAAAGCUCAACUCCAGCACAGAGACUACAGAGUUACAGUUUGCUUUCUACAGAAAUGGGCACAAUGUGCAGGGAUUCAAUUCAUCCAACCAAUAUGGAGUCCCCUCAGCUCAGCUGGAGCAUUCUGGGAAUUAUACCUGUGAGGUACAAACUCCAACCGGCAGUGUGAGGAAGAGGAGCAACAUGAUACAUAUCCAGAUACAGGACAGAAGUGGGAGAUUCAUGAUCCUAGUACUUUCUGGGGUACUACUAGUGGUAUUUCUUAUCACUGCUGUAGUGUUGGUGUUCAUGUUCCGACACAAACUUGCCUUGUUACCACUCUGCCAAAAUCGGUAUCCAAAAACAGACCGUGAAUUGAAUAAACCACAUAAUAGCAUGUCCCAGAGAGGAACCAAUGAAAAGGAAGCAACACUUUAUGAGGAUCCAUCAGAGUUGAGUGUGGUUGACGCAUGUCCCCCAGAGAGCGAUGAAGUCUGUUACACUGGGAUCUGCCACACUCAGAAAGUUUUUCCUAUAAAGAACUCUCAGAAUGAUACAAUGUGUGUUACCUAUGCGGUGAUUCAGAGGGACAAAUAAUUGCAAGAGACCACCCAACUCAGAACUAGACAGCGCUUCAUCUAUUUAUCAGAACUGCGGCACUAAGUAGAUCCUUGAAGAUCCCUGAAAUGCAAAUCUCCAGCGUAGUCUGAGAAGGGGACAGACAUGGGAACGUGCAACAAAAUGUUGUUAUUUUUUAAUGCUGAACCUAAUCAUUUAAUAAUGCAUUUGAGCACAUGAUGUCAAGAUGGAAGGGUUUGCUAUGGGAGAGUGAUGUACUCUGAUUGCAAAUACUUUUUUUUUAUAUUUUAUCUUUUAAGAUUAGUUUGUAAAUUUGUAACAAUGUGUUAAGAAGGAGAAAAAAGCUUUACGCUCAGAUUUGCUGCACCAAAAACUAUUUAAAAAAAAAAAAGAAAGUAAAAAAAUACUUAAUGGGGAAGAGAAAAUAUGCAGAAGGGAAACACUAGGAUUUAAAACAGGCCAGUUGUUCAGGAGAGUCAGACACAAGUCCAUCAACAGGCCAGAGGUCAAUACCAGUAGUAAGUAGGACUGGGACUGGAAAGAAAUCACACGCACAGCAGCACAGGCAACAGGAACAGGAUACCGCACACAGGAAGUCAAGGUGUCAGUAGUGAUGGACGAAUUCAUUCAACAGGCACGAAUUCCACAUUUCCCCACCAGCAAAUAAAUUUGUGAAACUGCGCCACAACAAAAAAAAUUUACUUUGACGCCCAUUGACGUCAAUGCAUUUCACAAAUAUUUUGCUGUUUCGCAAAUUUUUUGGUAAAUUCUCAAAUAUUUGGGCGAAGUGAAACGUUCCAUAUUCACCCAUCACUAGCACAGGAAGGAGGAAAAAGCUGGGGAAUUGUCUGUAACGAGACUAAAUAUGUUCCAGGUGAGAAACAAGAAAGGCAAAGUAGAGUGUUAUGAAUGUUAAUCACAUAUUCAGCUUCCUGUGGCUCAACCAAGAGGAGUUCUAGACCUGGUAGUAGUGGCAUUAUAUAAACCUUUUGCCCCUCCAUGUGCCUAUAAAGACUUUACCAGACUUCCUACUUUAACUAUACCUAAGUCUGUGUUCAUAUAGUAUCUGGUCACUGCCUGAAGUCCCUGGUCUGUCUGAUUUAUGUCCACCUUGUAAAUUACCCUACAUUCCACUGGCUUCUUGGUUCCACUGUAUUCUUCCUCUUCUCUUAAGCUAUGAUUUUAAACCCCUUAAUUAUCUCUCUACUGUCUUCUACCCCCUCAUACUAUGUCAUGCUUUGUGUUACCCAAGUUUUGCCUUUUGUUUCUGUGCUGCUCUUUCCAAUAUUUGGCACAUUCGGCAUAAUUUAGAGUAUGUCUGUGAUCUGUCUGUGUAUUAAAUUAAUCCUUUUUUACAUUGUUCAUAACAUUGUUGUAACACUAUUUUGGGCUAAAAUAGGUUAUGUCCUAAAACUAAAUCUAAACAGCAGAGUAAGAGUCAGGUCCCUCUAGGGCAAAACUGCUUUACUGGGCCUUGGUGUGUACAGGCUCCCUGGAACACACCCAGUUGGGUCAGCAACCAGAAGCCAAAGAGAAAGAUCCAAGCGUAACCAAGCACUAUGUUACAGUGUGACAGGAACUGCUUAUAGGCCAGUAGACCAAUGAUACAAAUAUUUAAAUUAGUAACUAGAUACAUGGACAUCUGCCCAGAAACUAGGGACAUAGGAUAGUGUAAGGAUUUAAAGCAAUAGGGACAUACUAAACCUAUGGGUCCCUACAUUGUCUUUGUAUGCUAUUUUAUUUAUUUUUAAAUAAAAAUAUUUGCCCGAUGAUUUUACACUACCAAUCUGACCUCCCAUGUUCCUCCCAUGAGAAGACUGCCAUAUUUGUGUAGCAGUAGUCCGUUAGCAUUAGAAACUCUCAUAGUUUCAGAAGGGACAGUCACGUUGGCAAAACAAUCAGGGUUAUGAACUUCAAGUAAAAAUUAGCCCUAACAGUGAAAAAUGAU